AUACUUUUGGUCAAUAUGUAUCAAUUUUUUGAAAUAGAUUUGAGUAUGUUAAAAAUCAAUAAAAAUUCACAUUUUUUCUAGAUGACUUUCUUCCAAUACAUGAUUUAGCUCGGAUAUCUUCGACUUUUAUCGACAUAUUUCGUUAAAUAGAUUUAAAACAUGGGGCGUCGGCUGAUGAUUAUGAUAGAUGAUUAUUGUUAAAACGAUCUCAAUAAAUGGAACAAAAUAUAUGAAGAAAAAAUAGAAAAAAAAUUAUAUAAAAUUAUAGAUAAAGAAAACGUAUUAAUUUUCAAAUGAAUUACGGAAAGAAAUCUCCUAGCAUGGGUACACCAUCGCUAUAUUCUCACGUUACUACACGUAGCAGCGCAAAUUUAAAAUCUUCGCGAUCAAUGCGAAGUGUUAAAACAUGUUGGUAUCAAAAGCCAAUUUUAACAAAUGCUUAUUUACUAGAUAUUCAAAGAGGUGCUAUGUUUACAGCAUUAUUUUCAUUGUCAUUAGCUAUUUUUACUAUUUGUACAUCAAUAUUCGAUCUUUAUUGUCUCUCUCAAGCUACACCAGGUUCAACACAUUAUGGUUAUUAUAUAAUAUCCUAUGAAUUUGUUUACGUGGGUAAUCGACAUGUACGUAAUACUCUAGUUGUGUUUGCUUUGUUCUCUACGCUUAGCGGAAUUGCAGUACUUGUAACAUCCUUAAUGUUAAUAGCUGCUUUACGAAAAGAAUAUGAAAGAAAAAUGGUACCAUGGCUUUACAGUUUUGCAGCUUUCACUGUUUUCAGAUUGUUUGCCUUUAUAUUUUAUAGUGUAGUAAAUGAUAUGAUAUUUGCUUAUAAUAUUACAAUGUGUAUUUUAUGGAUAAUAUUCAUUUGCUUUUCUAUUUACGGGUGGUUAAUCGUUUAUUCUUUAUAUGUGGAAUUAUGUGAUCUCACAAGAUUAGAAGAUUUGGCUCAUUUGAGAAUCGGUACUAUGCAAUCAUUGAAUGCAUCUACUACACAUUCUAUCGCAGGUUCUCGUCCAACAACACCACAUAGCGCAGUAUCGGUACUGCCUACGAAUUAACAAAAAUAAUUAAAUAAUCUUUAAAUUUUA